UGGGCUAUGGGAUGGAUGAAGCUGAGCAAGACCAGUACGAAGCCCAUCUGAAAGAGCUCUUUGACAGCUUCGAUGUCACUGGCACUGGCUCUCUGGGGGAGGACGAACUGACCGAACUUUGCCACGUGCUGCAUCUUGAAGAAGUAGCUCCAGGAGCAUUGCAGGAGACCCUUCUGCAGGAGGGUCUCCCUAGGCGGGUCCACUUUGAUCAGUUUAAAGAUGCACUAAUCCUCAUCUUGUCUAGCACAUUAACAAAUGAAGAGUCCUUUCAGCAACCAGAUUCUUCACCUGAAGCCCAGCCCAAAUACAUCAAGGAUGGAAAGCGCUAUGGGAGGCGGUCCUUACCAGAGUUUCAGCAAACCGUGGAGGAAUUUGCAGAGGUGACAGUGAUUGAGCCUUUGAACAAGGAUGCUCUCUCAUCCCGUCUCUCCAACAAUGACUGUGAUGAGAAUUGGCAAUCACAAGACAGUGAAGAAUAUGAAGCUGAAGGCCAGUUGAGGUUCUGGAAUCCUGAUGACUUGAAUACAUCUCCAAAUAUCUUCCCCUCUCAGGAUUGGAUAGAGGAGAAGUUACAUGAGGUUUGCAAGAAUCUUGGAAUCUCCCGAGAUGGUCACUUGAACAGAAAGAAGCUUGUCUCCAUUUGUGAGCAGUUUGGUUUGCAGAAUAUUGAUACUCAGAUCCUGGAGGAAGUAUUUCGCAACCUUGACCACAACAAUGGCACAAUGAGCAUAGAAGACUUUUUCUAUGGGCUCUUUAAAAUUGGGAAGCCUCUCCCACCUUCUGCCUCCACUCCAUACAGACAAUUGAAACGGCAUCUUUCUAUGCAGGCCUUUGAUGAAAGUGGGAGACGAACCACCCCUCCCUCAGCAAUGACAAGUACAAUCAGCUUCCGUGUCUUUUCCAGCCUGGAUGAUGGGAUGGGCUACGCUGCAGUGGAACAAAUUCUUGAUGCUUGGCAAGAACAAGGCAUAGAGAAUAGUCAGGAGAUCCUGAAUGCCUUAGAUUUCAGUUUGGAUGGAAAAAUUAACCUGGCUGAACUGACUUUUGCCCUGGAAAAUGAGCUUCUCAUAGCCAAGAAUGGGAUAUACCAAGCAGCACUGGCUGCUUUCAAAAUGGAGAUUCGGCAUUUGAUAGAACGCGCUGAUCUAGUUCUAAGGGAAAAGGACAAACUACUUCUGGAUUUGGAGAAAGUGGAGAAAAGAGCAUCCCUAAUGGCCACCGAAGUGGAUGAUCAUCAUGCUGCCAUUGAACGCCAAAAUGAAUACAAUCUAAGCAAGCUGGAUGAGGAGUACAAAGAUCGUGUUGCAGCUCUCAAAACAGAGUUUCAGAAAGAUUGUGAGCGGAUACAGCAGCAGGCCACCAAGCAACAAGCAGAACUGGAGCAGGAGGUAGAGAAGAUGAAAACCGAAGAGAAUUAUCUCCAGGACCGCCUUGCUCUGACCUUGAAGGAAAAUAGUCGCUUAGAGCAUGAGCUCCUGGAAACUGGAGAGAAAUUGGUGAAGUAUGAAAGCAUGAUGAGCAAACUGCAGAAUAAUUGGGAAAAUGUCUUAGUAGACAAGUUUGGAGACCUAGAUCCUGGCAGUGCAGAGUUCUUCCUUCAGGAGGAGCGGCUGAGUCAGAUGAAGAAGAAAUACGAACAGCAGUGCAGGGAACUUCAAGAUCACAUAGAUGAACUUCAAUCUCAACUGGAAGAGUAUCAGAUACAAGGCAGAAUUAUCCGACCUUCACUGCAAAACACUCUGUAUGAGGAGCUCAAUGAUUGUGGAGUGCAAAGUAGUCAAGAGCCUGCUUCUGAGGACUGCAGCCAUCUAAACAUGAGCAUAGAAGCCGAAAUAAUUAUUGAACAACUAAAGGAUCAGCUUCACCAGGAUGUCUACAACUUGCAGCAGGAGCUUGAAAACACAGUAUGCCAUUAUGAAAAGCAGCUUGAGGAGACCAAAGCCAACUAUGAGGAGGGACAAGAGAACGUCCAGCAGGAGUACUGUCAGGAGAGACAAGUGUUAGAAGAACAAAUUGAGUGUCUGCAAGUCCAGAUUUCUGAGCUUCAGGGACAGGUGGCAAGCCUGAGGCAGGCCAGCUCCCAGCAGAGUGUGGAAGGGAACAGUCUCCAGAUAUGCCUGGAUGAGAAGGCUAGCCUUAUAGAAUGCCUGAGGAUCGAUCAUGAGAGGGAGCUCCAAGCCAGACUGAAAGAGGCAGAAGAAAACUUUAGUCAUGAGAAGGAAGAGUUGAUUCAGUCUAAAUCCUGGUUGGAAGAAAGAAUGAGAACUUUAGCACAGGCCAUCCAAGAAGAAAAAAUGGAGCUAGAAAAUGGGUUCUUUGGAGACCUAGAUCCUGGCAGUGCAGAGUUCUUCCUUCAGGAGGAGCGGCUGAGUCAGAUGAAGAAGAAAUACGAACAGCAGUGCAGGGAACUUCAAGAUCACAUAGAUGAACUUCAAUCUCAACUGGAAGAGUAUCAGAUACAAGGCAGAAUUAUCCGACCUUCACUGCAAAACACUCUAUAUGAGGAGCUCAAUGAUUAUGGAGUGCAAAGUAGUCAAGAGCCUGCUUCUGAGGACUGCAGCCAUCUAAACAUGAGCAUAGAAGCCGAAAUAAUUAUUGAACAACUAAAGGAUCAGCUUCACCAGGAUGUCUACAACUUGCAGCAGGAGCUUGAAAACACAGUAUGCCAUUAUGAAAAGCAGCUUGAGGAGGCCAAAGCCAACUAUGAGGAGGGACAAGAGAACGUCCAGCAGGAGUACUGUCAGGAGAGACAAAUGUUAGAAGAACAAAUUGAGUGUCUGCAAGUCCAGAUUUCUGAGCUUCAGGGACAGCUGGCAAGCCUGAUGCAGGCCAGCUCCCAGCAGAGUGUGGAAGGGAACAGUCUCCAGAUAUGCAUGGAUGAGAAGGCUAGCCUUAUAGAAUGCCUGAGGAUCGAUCAUGAGAGGGAGCUCCAAGCCAGACUGAAAGAGGCAGAAGAAAACUUUAGUCAUGAGAAGGAAGAGUUGAUUCAGUCUAAAUCCUGGUUGGAAGAAAGAAUGAGAACUUUAGCACAGGCCAUCCAAGAAGAAAAAAUGGAGCUAGAAAAUGGGUUCCAUGAGAAGUUGCAAAGGCUGAUGGAGAAGCAGGCCCUGGAGAUGGAUCAGCUACAACAAGAGCUACUAAGAGUGCAUCAGCAAGAGCUCCAGGAACAAAAGAUAAAAAUGGAAAAUGAGUAUAAUGGAAGAAUAUUUCAGAAAGAGGAAUGGUUCACCGCUGAACAACAAACACUUGCAAGGAAGUAUGAGGAAACCAUAAACAAACUUGAGGAUCAGCAUCAACAAGAAUUGCUGAAGUUCUCUAGGCUGCAGUUAAAUGAGAAAUCCCAAUGGGAAUCUGAAAAAAAUAAAAUUCUCCAGGAAGGCAUUGAGGUCCAAGCAAAAUGGAAAGAAAAACUGGAAAAAGAGACAGCAAUAUCUUCAUUACUGGAACAAGACAAGAAACUUCUAGAGACAAAUUACAAGGAGCAGCUGAACUUGUUGAUCUUGGAGAAAGAGCAACUUCAACAAGAGGUUCAGGACAUGAAAAAACAAGAAAGUGAAUUGUGUGAGAAACUUCUGAAGAAGUUUGAGUGUGAGAUGGGGCUAAGGAAAAGAGAAGAAAUGCCAACAUUAGAGGAAGAACAAAAGCAACUUAGCAAAAAGCUUGGAAGACUGGAAACAGAAUUUGCACAUGAACAAGAAGAACAGAAUUCUAAGACUUUGGAGUAUUUGAAGCAAGAGAUGCCCAGCAGAGCAACAGAAGAAAAAAAUGAAUUGAAAUCAAAGAUCUUAGUGCUUGAAAAUAAAAUAGAAGAUCUACAGCACGAAUUGCAAUGUCAAUCCAAACUGCAAAGCAAUCUUGUUUCUUUAAACAAGGAUGAGGAAGCAAAAGGAAGUGACUUUCUAGAAUCUGUCAAGCCCCGGGACCCUGGAAAAGAGAUAAAUGUUCUUUCAAAACAAGAAAUAGUUCAAGAUCCGGGAGAAGAAAAUAGUGUAGGAACUACCUUUCUGACGGAUGACUUGUUAAAAGAACCAGAAAAAGAACCAUCCCAAUGCCCUGGAUUCAUCCCAUUAGUUCCAGAAACAUUUGUAGGUGCACAGUUCCUAAGUGUAACUGACAAAGACAGCAGUCAAGUUGUAACAGAAGAUGGAAUGAAAAAAUUAGACAAAAUUGCAAUUCCAAACAUGAAAAAUGGAGGGACAACAGCUGAAGAAACCAUGGAGACUUCACAUGUCUUGCCGAAGGCCUAUGAAGAAAUUUUGGCAGAGAAUGAAGCCCUUAAACUGCGACAGAAUCAGCUUCUGGAGAGGAUCAUUCUGCUAGAGACUGAAUGCAAUCAAGCAGCUCAUGCACGACAAGACAUGGCUUCACAGGUUCAGAAGGAGCUGGAGGAGAUCCUUAAAACUAUUCCCCAGCCUAAUGUGUUGGCAUGUGGAAGUGAUGAGAAGGGGGAAAGUUUACAUUGGGAAAAAUUGCCUACUGGCUGUGCAACCAAAAACCAAAUGCUCUUUGCUGAAGCUUUGGAUGCUGAUUUAAGCGUUGAGGAAAUGAGUGCCUACUCUCUUUUAUUUGAGGCAGAUCAUGGAGAAGCUAGAACUGACAAGGGAGACCUCCAUGAUAUAGUAUCAGGAUUUUGGGAUAUGGAUAUGAUGGAAGAUGCAGACUCCAGAAUAGGAUCUAAAAUCUUCCAAUUUCCAGAAGAACUCAAGCUGGAAAACCAAGCCCUAAAAACAGAGAUAAUCAAAUUGUUAGAGCGUAACAAUAAAUUGGAGGGAUACAUGCCAAUAUUUAUAAGCCUGCAGUCCAGGCUAGAUGAAACCAACCAAGACUGCUUAACACUUGAGGAGGAGAAAGGGCAACUGUUACAGAAAGUGAAAGACCUGGAAAAGAAACAGGACCAGUUGGUGAUGGAAAAUGCCAACCUGCAAAAGUCAAAGCUGAUUUUGCAAAGCCAGCUUGGCAAACUAGAUGAGCUCAUGCUGAAUCUGCAACCCCAGAAGAGUGGACGGCUGAGCCGUUGUGAGAAUGUCACCAAAGAUGCAGAAGUGGACAGGAAAGGGCUUCAUGAGCUGAACCGGAAGCUCAAAGAGAAAAUAGCAGUGCUCCUGAAGCAGAAAGGCACCCAUACUCAGGAGAAGGAGAGUCUGAAUGCUGUUCUUCACAGUUUGCAGAGCACCUACAAUGAGCAGCUUCAGAAGAUUGAGUUUUUGAGGGAAAAAACAGAGACCGUGCUGAAGGAGAAAAUGAUCGUGCAGAAGAUAGCUGAAAGCUUGAAGAAGCAGGUAUCUGAACUGAAAGCCAGGAAUCAACAAUUAGAAUUGGAAAAUGCUGAACUUGCCCAUCGAAACUCUCCAAGUCGAGCAGAUAUUCAAGAUUCUAACCAGCAGCUUAUGAAAACAUUUCGGCAAAAGGAAAAGGAGACUAGGAAAUACAUGUCAGAAGAAUGGGAAAGAGAGAAUUCCCAGCUCAAAGAAGAACUGGAGAACUCUAAAAUUCAGUCCUCUUCAUUGGUCUCAUCCUUGGAAACAGAGCUGGGUCAGCUCAGAAUUCAGGUUCAUGGUCUGGAGCAGGAGAACCAUUUCCUCAAAGAAGAACUGGAGAAUGUAAAACAGCUACCCAGUUGCCUAGAUCUCUCUGAGCUGGAGAGUGAGAUUUCCAGUGUCAUCAUAAAAAAUCAGAAGCUACUGAAAGAGAAAGAAGCCCUCAGUGAAGAGCUGAACCGGUAUAUGGAGAAGGCAACUAAAGUGGCCUUCCUAGAGAGCCUCACAGCUUCUCUGAGAGAGGAGAACUCAUCUUUGGAGCACCAGAAUCAGCAUCUGAAAGCACAAAUGGCAGUAUCACAAGACAAGAUCCAGAAUUUUGAUGAUAUUGUGCAAAAUGUCAGCCUUCAGGUAUCCAGGCUCAAAUCAGACCUGAGGGUUACCCAGCAGGAAAAAGAGAAUUUAAAACAGGAAGUGAUGUCAUUGACUAAGCAACUGCAAAUGGCCAAUGAGAAGAGUCGGUUCCUGGAAGCAGCCAUGCAUUCAUCAGGGAUACAGAAUCAGCAGAAGAAGCUUUGUUGGGGUGAACUGGAGCUGAUCAAGCAGGAGAAUGAGCAGCGGCAGAGGGAAUUCCAGGGUGCCAAAUCGGAGCUAUCUCAUUCUAGGGAAAAGCUGCUUCACUCAAACUCCAGCAUGAUGCUUAGCCCACCCCAGCACCCUCGAGAACUGCAGGAGAUCCAGCAGCAAGGAUGUCCUGUUGUCCCGUCCGAACAAUACCAGCAGCUCCAGCACCAGUUCCUACAGGCAGAGAGGAGGUGUCAACGCCUGCAGGAGGAGCUUGAGAAUCGGCCUUUGGAAACAAACAUGCCCCAGGGUGGAUAUGAGCAGCUACUACAGACUAUGGAGAAACGCAUGAUGGAUGUUGAACAACAGUUGAGGCUGGUAAAACAGCUUCUCCAGGAUAAAGUCAACCAGCUGAAAGAACAGCUUGUAAGAAACACAAAAGCUGAUGAAAUGGUGAAGGAUCUCUAUGUUGAGAAUGCUCAGCUGCUAAAAGCUUUGGAGUUGACAGAACGGAGGCAAAAGAUGGAGGAGAAGAAGAACUAUCUGCUAGAAGAAAAAAUAGCCAAUCUUGGCAGAAUAGUCAAGAAUUUGACCUCCAAUGUAGGAUCAUCAGCUCAGCUGGGAUCUUAGUGCCUUUCUCUACUUGCACUUAACUAUAGAGCAAACAUGUCUUGACCAUUUAUUUUCUGCCAUAUUGCAAGACAUAACCUUCAACUCAUCACCAGCCUAUGUGUGAAACUUCUUAAGUCAUAAUUAGCUGUACCAGUGUUAAAAUAGUAUUUCCUUACUUAUUUUGACUGUACAUGUACAAUUUGUUAGACUUACUGGAUUAUCUAUUACUUUAGGAGAAAGUCAGAUGACCAUAAUGACUUGAAACAAAGGCAAUAGAGAUUGGAUAAGGAUGGGCAAUUGGAUAGCAAAUUUCAUGCUGGUAUAGUCCCCAAAAGGUGUAGAUAGCACUUCAGGGGUGGGGAAAGGCCCUAAGCUAAUUACCUGUUUAUGCAGAAUUAUGCACUUUAUUGAAAGGUGAACAUUUCAUCUAUUUUAAUGCUGCAUUUUGAUAGUUGCAACUUUGGGGCUGUUUGUUCUGUGGUCAAAAAUAAUCUCAC